AUGGCAAGUUUAGAAGAUCUUAUACCCACAGUAAACAAAUUACAAGAUGUGAUGUAUGCAUCUGGUAUAGAUACAUUGGAUUUACCUGUAUUAGCUGUGGUUGGUUCUCAAUCAUCAGGAAAAUCGUCAAUCUUAGAGACUUUGGUUGGUAGAGAUUUUUUACCAAGAGGGACAGGCAUUGUCACUAGAAGACCUUUAGUAUUACAAUUAAAUAAUAUUAAGAUUAAAGUUAACGAAGAUACAAAUGAUGAUGAACCGUAUCAUAAUGAAGAAGAAUGGGGGGAAUUUUUACAUUUACCUGGUAAAAAAUUUCAUGAUUUUGAUGAAAUUAGACAUGAAAUUGAACAUGAAACAGCUAGAAUUGCAGGUAAAAAUAAAGGUAUUAGUAAAUUACCAAUUAAUUUAAAAAUUUUUUCACCACAUGUUUUAAAUUUAACUUUGGUGGAUUUACCUGGUAUUACAAAAGUCCCCAUUGGUGAACAACCAAUUGAUAUUGAAAAACAAAUUAAAAAUCUAAUUUUAGAUUAUAUUGCUACUCCAAAUUGUUUAAUCCUAGCUGUAUCUCCAGCAAAUGUGGAUUUAGUUAAUUCAGAAUCUCUUAAAUUAGCUAAAGAAGUUGACCCAUAUGGGAAAAGAACCAUCGGUGUUAUUACUAAAUUAGAUUUAAUGGAUUCAGGAACUAAUGCAAUGGAUAUCUUAUUAGGGAAAGUUUAUCCUUUAGAACUUGGAUUUGUUGGAAUUGUUAAUAGAUCUCAACAGGAUAUUCAAUUAAAUAUAUCUGUGAAACAAGCUUUAGAAAAUGAAGAUCAUUAUUUUGCAAGACAUCCCGUUUAUAGAACAAUAGCUAAUAGAUGUGGGACAAGGUAUUUAGCUAAAUUGUUAAAUAAAACUUUAAUGGCUCAUAUUCGUGAUAAAUUACCUGAUAUUAAGACAAAACUAAAUAUGUUAAUUAAUCAAACUGAAAAAGAUCUAUUAUCAUUUGGUUCAAUGGGUCUUAUUGAUAAGAAAGAAAGUAAAGCAGGUUUAAUUUUACAAUUAAUGAAUAAAUUCGCUACAAAUUUUAUUUCUUCAAUUGAUGGGAAUUCUUCAAAUAUUAAUACAAAGGAAUUAUGUGGCGGUGCUCGAAUUUAUUACAUUUAUAAUGAUAUAUAUGGAAAGACCCUUAAAACCAUCGAUCCGACAACAAACUUAACUACAGAUGAUAUCAGAACAGCUAUUAGAAAUUCAACUGGACCUCGUGCUACAUUAUUUGUUCCAGAAUUAGCAUUUGAUUUAUUGAUUAAACCACAAAUUAAAUUAUUAUUAGAACCGUCACAACGUUGUGUAGAGUUAGUCUUCGAUGAAUUAAUGAAAAUCUGCCAAUCUUCAAGCACAAAUGAAUUAGCAAGAUAUCCAAAUUUAAAAGGUACUUUAAUUGAUGUCAUUAGCGAUUUAUUAAGAGAAAGAUUGACACCAACUCAUUCUUAUGUGGAAAGUUUAAUUGAUAUUCAAACUGCUUAUAUUAAUACAAACCAUCCAAGAUUUUUAAGUGCCACCGAAGUAAUGGCUGAUAUCAUGCAUAUCCGUGAUAGAAGAACUAUACCUUAUAGUAAUCAUUCACAACAACAACAACAGAUGUUUAAUUAUGAUGCUGAUGAAACAAUUAGUAACAUAAAUCCUGCUACCACUUCAAAUGAAACCGAUGACAUCGAUGAAUCUAGUGUUGCAUCUCCUCAAGAAUCAAAUAGUGGCAAGAAUCCUACAAGUUUGGCUGAAACUAUUAUAAACGGUACUAAUAGUGUUAAUAUGCAAGACAACAAGAAUAAAAUACCAGGUAUGAGUCAUUCUGAAAUUUUCUCCAAUUCUAGCACUGGUAAACCAAGUGGAACUAGUGGUAUAUAUGCUAAUUCUACAACCUCUUUGAAUAGUCAAACCGAUGGUAAAGACUCAUUCUUAAAUUAUUUCUUCGGUAAAGAAAAGGGAAGCUUGAAUCAACAAACAGGGCAACCCCACCAACAACAGCAGCAACAACCAACUGGUCAAAGAAUGAUGAAUGGGAUGAAUAGAGCACAUGAUAUAAAUACUGCUAUGUUUAGUGGGUUACGUUUAAGCGAUAAUAACUAUCCUGAUUCAGGAGUAACUUUUGGUAGUGAUAACACCAACAGCGAUGGACUGACCGAACGUGAACAAUUGGAAUGUGAAUUGAUUAGAAGGUUAAUUAUUUCUUAUUUUAAUAUUGUAAGGGAAAUGAUCGAAGAUCAAGUACCUAAGGCCAUCAUGUGUUUAUUAGUUAACUUCUCGAAGGAAAACGUUCAAAAUAGAUUAGUCACAGAAUUGUACAAGGAAUCCAUGAUAGAUAAUCUGUUACAAGAAGAUGAAACAUUAGUCCAGGAGAGAAUAAAUUGUGAAAAGUUAUUGGAGACUUACAAAAAGGCCAAUUCACUUGUUCAUAAUAUCCUAUAA